ACUCAUCACCAUCAUCUCAGAUAAUCAUGGCGACCAAACCAUAAACCCUAGCGCUAAACCCUAAUGGCCAUUUUUCCAACAUAUCCAGACCGAGAAAUUCAUAAAGAAACCGCAUCUCUUUUUUAUUCCUUCACUCAAUUGUAGUUGAUUAAUUUGACUUUGCACGAAAAUGGCGAAUCAAGGCGGAAAUCUCAAGUCCACGUCGAUAAAUGGGGUGAAGAUGUACACAGUCACCGCCCAGCAAUGGUCGGUGGCCACCCGGAUACCACCCAAAAAGCUUGAAGCUCUCUGAAAAGAUAAAAAUUACAUGCAGCGAGUGGAAUUGAUACAAGAUUUGAUGUUCGAGACUGCCACGAGCAGAAUUAAGGUUACAUCCGACGGGGACUACGUUAUUGCUUCAGGUAUUUAACCACCACAAGUCAAAGUCUAUGAAUUACCUGAGGUUUCGUUAAAGUUUGAAAGGCAUUUAGUCUCAGAAAUAGUUAAUUUUGAGGUACUGAGUGAUGAUUAUUCAAAGAUUGCUUUUUUAUGUGCCGAUCGUUCUGUCUCACUACAUGCUAAAUAUGGAAGUCAUUACAGUUUGAGAAUACCUAGGAUGGGAAGGGAUUUAGCGUAUGAUUGUUGGUAUUGUGACUUGUUAUGUGCUGCUUCAUCGCCUGGUCUCUAUAGAAUAAACCUAGAGCAGGGUAGGUUUCUUUCUCCACUUAGUACCCAGUCUGAAGCCUUAAAUGUUGUGACUAGAAGUAAGGUUCAUGGAUUGGUUGCUUGUGGUGGUGAGGAUGGUUUUGUAGAAUGCUUCGAUGUUCAUACUAGAUCCUCAGUUGGUAGGAUAGACGCUGUUUCCCCUGCUGGGGAUGUUUAUGAUCAGGAGGUUACUGCUUUACAGUUUGACGAAGAUGGAGGUUACCUCAUGGGUGUUGGGAGUAGUUCUGGGAAUGUGCAAAUCUAUGAUUUGCGGUCUUCAGUGCCGUUGAGAGUAAAGGAUCACAUGUAUGGAAACCCUAUACUGAGUAUCAAGUGGCACAAGACUCUGAAUUCUGAGACAACAAAAUUAAUCACUGCUGAUAAACACAUUGACAACAGCCAAAUUCCUUCUUAUUUUGUACCAGCCCUUGGACCUGCCCCAAAGUGGUGCUCUCACCUGGAUAACUUGACAGAGGAGCUAGAGGAGAAUCCUGAAACUACCAUUUAUGAUGAUUUCAAAUUUUUGAUGAAAGAGGACCUUGAGAAGCUAAAUUUGACCAGUUUGGUUGGAAGUAAUUGUCUAAGGGCAUAUAUGCACGGUUACUUUAUUGACUAUCGUCUUUAUAAAAGGGUUCUAGGUUGGUCAAAUUCGCUGGAUAGAAAAGAUUACAUAGAGAAGCUGAAGCAGGCAAAACUGGAAAAAGAACGUGAAUCAAGAAAUACGAUCAGGAGAAAACUGCCUAAGGUUAACCGGAAUUUAGCAGCUAAGCUACUUUUAGAAGAAGCCGAGCCAAGAAGAAGAAGAGGGGACUCACAGCUGAGGGAAGACGACGAAAACACUGAUUCAGAUGCAUUGACAGAUGCAGAAGAUGGACUAGGAGGGGAAAAAGUGGCUGCUAUGACAAAAGAAAAUGUUAGCAACUCUAAUGGUGUCAAAGUGGGUGCAGGAGGUUCACGUGAAACUUCUUUCAUUUCCCGGAGUAAAGCAAAGUAUAGAGAAUAUGAUGAUGAUGAUGAUGAUGAUGAUGAUGACAGGGAUGGACUGCCUCAAAAGAGAAGGGAAAUCCAAGCUUUGAAGCUGAAGCCAGAUAAAUCAAGUUUUCGAGGCGGCUUUGGAAGGGGAGGAAUUCGAGGAAAAGGAAUGGGAGGAAGAGCAAGAGGAAGAGGAAGAGGGCGGCAUCAGUAACUUCUGCUAUUAUUUUGUUUAUACGCCACAAUCUCGACGCAGCUUGUAUCACAUACUAUAUGUUCUGUACUCUGUUGUUCUUUUGAUUUCAUUGUUUCAAAAAUCAGAUCUGAAUUUUCAGUUGACUCCCCGAUAUACCCAAUGCUCGACUAAAAUAUUCUGCUGCCUUUUCAUGUACUCUUGAUCUUUAAUACUAUGCAUUAUGGUUAAAAUUUGCUGUCCUUGGUGCAUUGCAAAUUCUCGGCUUGCUUGUCCAAGCAGUGAGAAGAGCUUAAAGCGGCUACUGCAUUGUGCCCGAGAUUAAAGCCCAAUAGAGUAUGUCUCAAACAAUCUUGAAUCGUUGGCAGUUUGUAAAAUCUACACAAUGUCGAAUUCUUAUCCAUUGAAAUUCUUCUCCAAGUUUUUUCUUGGGUUGUAGGAAACUCAUGAACAUCGUGAUAUGCCUCAAAUAGAAAGCUGAGUAUGAGCUGGUAUGGCGAGGUUUCUUAGGACUUUCCAAAUAUUUACUCAUUUACUGCUUCAACACUUCAAGUUUACUGCCAAUUCUACUUACUGCCUUCAUAGUUCAUACGAAACUUGCAUUGAAGUAGUUGAGUGUUUGACAGUUGACAAUUUCAAAAGGUCCAAG